GUGCGCGGGCGCGGCUCCAGCAUGUACGACCCCGCCGUGGCGCGGCACCUGCCGCCGGCCCCCGAGCCGGGCGUGGGCGGCCCGGUGCGGCGGGCUCGGGAGAGCAGGCGCGCGACGCCCUACGCCGCGGCGCCGCCGGAGCCGGCGGCCGCGAAACGGCAGCAGCGGCCGCGCGGCGGCGCCGCAAGCGCGGCGGCAGCGUGGAGGGGGCAGCCCGGUCAGUUCGACGGCCUCGAUAGCUCGGGCCCGGCGGUGUUCGUCCGGAACCUGCCGCAGGGCGCCACGGAGCGGCAGCUGCGCGAGAUCUUCUCGGAGGCGGGGCUGGUCGCCGCGGUCGAGGUGGACGCGGGCCCCAUGUGCACCGCCACCGUUCGCUUCCUGCGGCAGGCCGCCGCCUUCGAGGCCGAGCGGCGCUUCCACGGGCGCUGGCUGCUCGGGGCGCAGCUGAAG